UAUUUCUCGUCCUUCCGCCCGGCCGCUCACGGGCGUCACCUCGCGUCACCUCUACCGACCUACGCAGCUAGCUGGACCACCUCGCCCGCCUGCUCGUCCACUCCUUGAUCGGUAUGGCAUUCUCAUUCGGCUUCUCUGCAGAGGAGGAAGAGCUAGAUGGCCUCGAGCAAGAAGGAUCGUUCUCUGCUAGCACUGCUGCCGCUGCUGCAACCACCUCGCCGCCCAGAGUCCCCUCGGUAUCGCUCUCCCUGACCUCUCUCCUGUCAUGGCUGCCGGAGCGACUCUCCUACUCGACGGUCAAGGUGGGCGGGAUCACUCUCCCGCGUAGAGACCUCUUUGAUGCACGCUUUCAGAUGGUAUGCGAGGGGGAAGAGGCGAUUGGGGUGGAGAGUGAUCUGAUACCUGGCCAGUACGAGGGAGGUCUGAAGACGUGGGAGUGCUCGCUAGACCUCGUCGGGGUACUGGAAGAGAUUGGCAAGACGACUUCGUACCACGGAAAACGGAUAGUCGAGCGCCUGCUCACCACCACCCCACCGGCUUCCGCCGCGCCUACCCACGUGCACCUCUGCGACUUCAACACCCACGUCCUGACGCUGGUCACGCUGCCCAACCUCCUCCUGGCAUACCACUUUGCCACUGCUGAGCACAUCGACGAUGCGGGAGAGAUUGACGUGACCGACGAGCUCGUCGAGGCGUUCCAGGCGAGCUUGCGGGAGAGGCGCAUUCACCUCGCCUUUCAUGCUGGGCCGUGGGAGGGGCUGGACCUUGCUGCAGAUGAGAGCGACGUCAAGCUCGACGAAGAGGCAGGAGCAAUCACUACUUCUGAACAGCCAUCGAGUAAGGCCAUCCACGCGGACCUGAUCCUCACGAGCGAGACGACGUACAAUCCCUCGGGCAUCGCGACACUCAUCGAGGUGAUGCGGAACAUCAGCGCGCCCUCUCCUCCCUCCUCUACAUCUGCUCCACCCGCCCCUCUCUCAACGUCGGCGACGACUUCGCUUGUUGCGACGAAGAACUACUACUUUGGCCUGGGUGGUGGAGUGCACGCCCUGCUGGCGGGGCUGGAAGAGGAUGACCGCAAGAGUGGGUGGAAGCAUGCUAUGCGCGAGGAGAGGGCGGUGAGGGGUGGGGUUGCCAGGAGCGUGCUCAGUGUCAGAUGGUUCGGGGAGGCAGGGCGGCGCUGA